UUGACUGAUUACGCUUGGGGAGCUGGUGCACUAGCCUAUCUCUACAGACAGUUGGGAGUGGCCACACGAGCGGGUAGUAAGGGUCUUUGUGGUUGUUUGACCCUGCUUCAGGCUUGGAUAUAUGAGUACUUUCCUCUGUUCCGUCCGAGCCAGCUGCCGCAGUCUCCUGAUGCACCUCGUGCUUCCUCGUGGAUUUCUCCCCGUUUUCCAGGUGGGGAUGAGGCUAGACAGAGGUUAGCACGUUAUCGACAGUUGUUGGAUGAGCUUUCAGCUGAUGAUGUGACCUGGACUCCGUACGGACGAGAUGGCCACACAGAUAUACCCCGCUCCUAG